CUUCGUUUCUCUCACAGUUGCCCAGUGGGACAGUAUCAGCACCUCAAGCGGCUCCAUCAAAACCACAAGACAACCCAACAGUGAACCAGCCAUGAGCAAGUCUUAUUCCUCCUCGGCCCAGACGGCCUCAUCCUACCGUCGCACCUUCGGCUCAGGCGUCGGGUCAUCCCCAAUGACCUCCAAUUUCUCCUCUGGAGGAAGUGGUCGCCGCUCCGCUGCAAGCCACAUGUCUUCCCGAGUCUAUGAGGUCAAGAGCACCGGUGCUCCCUCCUAUUCCAACUUCCGGGUAUCGUCUGGUGCAGGGGGAGCAGGGUACGGCUCCUCUUCAGCCAUGCGCACCUAUGCUGGCGAGAAACUGGACUUCAACCUGGCUGAUGCCAUGAACCAGGACUUCCUCAACACAAGGACCAAUGAGAAGGCCGAGCUUCAGCACCUUAAUGAUCGCUUCGCCAGCUACAUCGAGAAGGUGCGUUUCCUGGAGCAGCAGAAUGCAGCGCUGACGGUGGAGAUUGAUCAGCUGAAGGGCCGCGAGGGGCCCGGCCGCGUGGCUGAGAUGUAUGAGGAGGAAAUGAGGGAGCUGAGGAGGCAAAUAGAGGCCAUCUCCAACCAGAGCGCCCGCGUGGAGGUGGAUAGAGACAACCUGGCUGAUGACCUGCAGAAACUGAAACUCAGACUGCAGGAGGAGAUCCACCAGAAGGAAGAAGCUGAGAACAGCCUUUCUGCCUUCAGAGCCGAUGUUGACAAUGCCACUCUGGCCAGGCUGGACCUGGAGAGACGCAUUGAGAGCCUGCAAGAGGAGAUUGCCUUCCUCAAGAAGAUCCAUGAAGAGGAGAUCCGUGAGCUGCAGAGCCAGAUGCAGGACACUCAGGUGCAGGUCCAGAUGGACAUGUCAAAACCCGACCUGACUGCCGCUCUGAGGGACAUCCGCGCGCAGUACGAGGGCAUCGCCGCCAAGAAUAUCUCAGAGGCUGAAGACUGGUACAAGUCUAAGGUGACUGAUCUGAACCAGGCUGUGAAUAAGAACAAUGAUUCACUGCGUAAUGCCAAGCAGGAGACCAUGGAGUACAGGCACCAGAUCCAGUCCUACACCUGUGAGAUCGACUCACUCAAGGGCACCAACGAGUCUCUGCUGCGCCAGAUGAGAGAGAUGGAGGACCGCAUGGGCCGCGAGGCUUCUGGUUACCAGAAUACCAUCACACAACUGGAGGAAGACAUUUCUAAAAUGAAGGACGAUAUGGCUCGUCACCUCAGAGAGUACCAGGACCUCCUCAAUGUGAAGAUGGCCCUGGAUAUUGAAAUUGCCACUUACCGCAAACUGCUGGAGGGAGAGGAGAGCAGGAUCACUACCAGUAAGCCUUCCCAGUCUGCUUAUUCCUCUAUUGGAUUCAGAGAGACCAGUCCUGAAUCCCAGAACCAGCGCUCCUCAGAGGUUCACUCCAAGAAGACUGUUCUCAUCAAGACCAUUGAAACCCGCGAUGGAGAGGUUGUCAGUGAGUCCACACAGCACCAGCAAGACAUCAUGUAAACCGGAAAAAGCAAUAUUAGAAACAUUAUAUAUAAUUAAAAAAUAAGGAAAUAGUUAAAAUAUGGACAUUUUCCUACCACAAUUUAUAAGAUGAGCCUGUUAGAGACAGAAUGCUGACCAGUUCAGCUGAUUUAUGUAAACACAACAUAAUAUAAGUGAAUGCGACUGGUCUUUACACAAUGUACUGUUUACAUCAUGAACAGGAUAGAUGCAGUAUUAAGGCACAAUGCACGACCUUUAGCUGGGUUAUAAGAAAAGGUCAUUCAAAGAAUUACGCUUUAUUUGUGUUCAUUUCCUUUAUCUAAAACAUUUGUCGUAUCAUGUCUACAAAAAUAAUGUAUUGGCAAGAAUAGGGUUUCAAAUGAACAACUAGGCUUGGUGUAGCUGUAUUGGACCAGUAUGCACAGGGAGGUGGAUCAAUGGGCCUGAAACACCAUGGUCACAAGUAAUAUUGUAACUGUACUUUUCACUGCACAUAUUCCAAGCCUUUUCUGUGCAAAUGUAUAAGUAUAUGACUUGAUUAAGAAGGGCUUUUAUUUGUGUAACUGAUGUAAGGAACGUGAGAUGUUGUGUCACAGAAACACAAACACAUAAUGAAAGAGGAGCUCAGUCAUGUUUGAAGUUUGAGCUCAAUAGCACGUGCUGGGUGUUUGAUUGUACGAGGGUGACCAUGUGAUGCUGCUUAACUGUGGCCAAAAACUCAAAUAAAGACAUUUGUUACCAUC